AAAUAUUAUAAUUUUGCAGGAAAGGAGCAAACAGGUACCUAACAGUGAAGAAAAAAGAUGGGUCAGAGUUGGCACAUGCAGUCAUGACAUGUAAUUUGAUUCUAAACACAAAACAUGCUAUUAGGAGUCUAGUACAGCGCUUUCCUGUCACCAAUAAAGAACGCACAGAGCUUUUGCCAAAGACAGAAAGAGGAAAUGUGUUUGCUGUUGAAGCUGAAAACAGAGAAAUGAGUAAAACAAGUGGCCGACUUAAUAAUGGUAUCCCUCAAAUUCCUGUGAAACGCGGAGAAUCAGAAUUUGAUUCAUUUCGCCAGUCUCUACCAGUUUAUGAAAAGCAAGAUGAAAUCGUUAGAAUCAUUAAAGAAAAUAAAGUUGUUUUGAUUGUGGGGGAAACUGGAUCAGGGAAAACAACACAGAUUCCUCAGUUUCUACUUGAUGAUAGUUACAAAAAUGGAAUACCAUGUCGCAUAUUUUGUACUCAGCCAAGGCGUUUGGCUGCAAUUGCUGUUGCUGAAAGGGUUGCGGCUGAAAGAAGAGAGAAGAUUGGGCAGACGAUUGGUUAUCAGAUCCGACUGGAAAGCAGGGUUUCUCCAAAGACACUGUUAACAUUUUGCACCAAUGGUGUAUUACUUCGUACACUAAUGGCUGGAGAUAGUGCACUUUCAACUGUAACUCAUGUUAUUGUGGAUGAAGUUCAUGAGAGGGAUCGGUUCAGUGACUUCUUAUUAACGAAGUUGAGAGACACAUUACAGAAACACUCAUCUUUGAAACUGAUCCUCUCUAGUGCUGCCCUGGAUGUGAAUCUCUUCGUUAGGUAUUUUGGAGGCUGUCCAGUCAUAUAUAUACCGGGAAGACCAUUUGAAGUAAAAGAGAUGUUCCUGGAAGAUUUAUUGAGAACCACAGGCUAUACAAAUAAAGAAAUGAUCAAAUACAAAAAGGAGAAACAGCGAGAGGAGAAGCAACAGACAACUCUGACUGAAUGGUAUUCUGCACAAGACAACAGCAAGCCAGAACUGCAGAGACAGAGGGCAGUUCCAAAUGUAGCUGAAGAAUACGAUCUCUUGGAUGAUGGCGGUGACACAGUUUUCAGUCAGUUGGCAGAAAAAGAUGUCAAUUGUCUCGAACCUUGGCUAAUUAAAGAAAUGGAUGCUUGUCUUUCCGAUAUCUGGCUACAUAAAGACAUUAAUGCCUUUGCACAAGUCUUCCAUCUUAUUUUAACUGAAAAUGUCAGUGUCGAUUACAGGCACAGCGAGACAAGUGCAACAACUCUAAUGAUAGCUUCUGGAAGAGGUUUCUUAAGCCAAGUUGAACAGUUGAUUGGUAUGGGAGCAAAUGUUCACAUCAAAUCAUCCAAUGGCUGGACAGCACUGGAGUGGGCUAAACAUUUUGGACAGACAGAAGUGGUUGACCUUCUGGAAUCCUACUGUGCUUCACUGGAGUCUGGCAAUCUAGAUGAGAGUUCCUUGGUCCAUGCUAAUGCCAGUGAACUUAGUGCUGAAGAUCAAGAACUCCUGAAGGCUUAUCACCAUAGUUUUGAUGAUGAAAAGGUGGAUCUAGACCUGAUCAUGCAUCUACUGUACAAUAUCUGUCAUAGCUGUGAAGCUGGAGCAGUUUUAAUUUUCCUUCCUGGAUAUGAUGAAAUUGUUGGCUUACGGGAUCGUAUACUAUUUGAUGACAAGAGGUUUGCUGACAAUGUUCACAGAUUUCAGGUUUUUAUGUUACAUUCAAAUAUGCAGACAUCUGAUCAGAAAAAAGUUCUGAAGACCUCACCUCCAGGCAUCCGCAAAAUAAUACUUUCUACAAAUAUUGCAGAAACCAGCAUCACAGUUAACGAUGUUGUCUUUGUGAUUGAUUCUGGAAAAAUGAAAGAGAAAUCCUUUGAUGCAUUGAACUGUGUAACUAUGCUAAAGAUGGUAUGGAUUUCUAAAGCUAGUGCCAUUCAAAGAAAGGGCAGGGCAGGACGUUGUCGGCCUGGAAUUUGUUUCCGACUUUUCAGUAGACUAAGAUUUCAAAAUAUGCUGGAAUUUCAGACCCCAGAACUUCUGAGAAUGCCCCUACAGGAACUGUGUUUGCAUACAAAAUUGCUGGCUCCCAUCAAUUGUCCAAUUGCUGACUUUUUAAUGAAAGCUCCAGAACCACCACCUGCUUUAAUUGUGAGAAAUGCUGUGCAGAUGCUUAAGACAAUAGAUGCUAUGGAUACCUGGGAAGAUCUGACAGAACUUGGCUAUCAUCUGGCUGAUCUACCAGUAGAACCUCAUCUUGGUAAAAUGGUGUUAUGUGCUGUUGUCCUCAAGUGCCUGGAUCCUAUUCUGACCAUUGCAUGCACUCUUGCCUAUCGUGAUCCAUUUGUGCUACCAACGCAGGCGUCUCAGAAACGGGCAGCCAUGCUAUGCAGAAAACGAUUCACUGCAGGAACAUUUAGUGACCAUAUGGCCCUUCUCCGGGCUUUUCAGGCAUGGCAGAAGGCACGAAGUGAUGGUUGGGAAAGAGCUUUUUGUGAGAAGAAUUUCCUAUCUCAGGCAACAAUGGAGAUUAUCAUAGGAAUGAGAACACAGCUACUUGGACAACUCAGAGCAUCAGGAUUUGUUAGAGCCAGAGGUGGUGGUGAUAUAAGGGAUGUCAACACAAAUUCAGAAAACUGGGCUGUGGUUAAAGGUGCCUUAGUAGCUGGAAUGUAUCCGAAUAUAGUUCAUGUUGAUAGAGAGAACACUGUACUGACUGGACCAAAAGAGAAAAAAGUCAGAUUUCAUCCUACCUCAGUUCUUAGCCAACCACAGUAUAAAAAGAUUCCUCCAGCUAAUGGUCAAGUGGCAGCUAUUCAAGCACUCCCUACUGACUGGCUUAUAUAUGAUGAAAUGACAAGAGCUCACCGAAUUGCCAAUAUCAGGUGCUGUUCAGUUGUAACUCCAGUCACUGUGGCACUCUUCUGUGGAUCGGCUAGGUUGCCAAGCAAUGCUUUACAAGAGCCUUCAUCCUUCAGAGUUGAUGGUGCUCCCAAUGACAGCAGUGACAGUGAAAUGGAAGAUAGAACAACUGCUAACUUGGCUGCACUGAAACUGGAUGAAUGGCUCAAUUUCAAACUAGAUCCAGAGGCAGCUAGCCUUCUCCUUCAGCUGAGGCAGAAAUGGCACAGUUUAUUCCUGCGACGGAUGAGAGCGCCUUCAAAGCCCUGGUCUCAAGUGGAUGAGGCCACAAUAAGAGCCAUCAUUGCAGUGCUGAGCACUGAAGAACAGUCCGCAGGUCUACAACAGCCGUCGGGAAUUGGGCAGAGACCAAGGCCAAUGUCCUCUGAAGAACUUCCCUUAGCAUCUUCAUGGAGAUCAAACACUAGCCGGAAAACUCCUGCAGAAGCAGAGUUUGCUGAUGAGUCUUUUAAUUCUGAGAGAAAUCCCCCCAAAUCAGCUUUAAGUUAUGAUAUAAACAAAGAGCAGAAUAAUACAGUAUUAAGAGUCCUCAUGAAGUCUGCAUCUCCAGCAUUUCACCAGCCAUUGAAAUACAAAGAGAGAGGCGUCCUACAUCCUAAACGAAGUACAGAGGACAGGUCCGACCAGCAGAUUUCACAGAUUUCAUCAUCUGUGAAAUCUGCUGAUAGCAGUAGUUACCCCAGCCCCUGUGCUAGUCCUUCUCCUCCAUCAUCUGGAAAGGGCUCCAAGUCUCCUUCUCCAAGGCCAAAUAUGCCAGUUCGGUACUUUAUUGUGAAAAGCAGCAAUCUUAGGAACCUUGAGAUUUCACAACAGAAGGGAAUUUGGUCUACAACUCCAAGUAAUGAGCGAAAACUAAACCGAGCCUUUUGGGAGAGCAGUGUUGUUUACUUGGUAUUUUCUGUUCAAGGGUCAGGACAUUUCCAGGGUUUUGCUCGCAUGUCUUCAGAGAUUGGGCGUGAGAAAAGUCAGGAUUGGGGCUCUACUGGUUUAGGGGGCGUAUUCAAGGUGGAAUGGAUCCGGAAAGAAAGUCUUCCCUUUCAGUUUGCUCAUCAUUUACUCAACCCCUGGAAUGACAACAAGAAAGUACAAAUAAGCCGAGAUGGCCAGGAACUGGAACCUCAGGUUGGUGAACAGUUGCUACAGCUGUGGGACCGUAUUCCUUUAGGAGAGAGAAACAUGACUGAUUGAAAAUACAAUCAUUCGGAGUGCUUUCUUUCUUGAUGGGUAUCUGCACCUCACGUGAAAUCAAUAAUCUGCUAAAGUCACAACUACGUCUACAUAAAAGAUAUUCUGGAAUUACAUAGGUUGAAAUGAUUCAAUGGCCACAUGAAAGAUAUGCCAGAAUGAAAUAAGAUGAAGGAAUUCUUUGGUGCUCUUCUAGUACAGACUGGGUUUCAUGCUGUGUUUUAUGUUGAAAGAAGAAGUACAGGUUGCUCUUAUAUUCAUAAAGUAAUCUCUUCUGAAUCUUUCACUUUGAAGUGUCAAAUGGUAGGGCACCAAAAUAGACUGAAGCCUCUGGAAAACAUGGAGUAGCAUUGUUAUUGUAACAAAUAUCUGGAAGAAUCAGUCUGCAAGAAAUGAGGAAAACUCAUGUUCCAAGUAGUAUCCUUUUUGGAUACUUUACAGGGAAAAUAAAGCCAGGUACAUCUUCAGAGUGUGAUGAUCACUGAACAGCUUCUAUUACUGGAGUUACACCAAUUUUUAUUUUAUUUUAAAGUUAAUUGUUUAUACCAAUUUUUUUUUGUAUUUUAAAGUUAA